AUGAGCGAUACAGAACUCGAAGCCCCCGUCGAGCACGCCUCAGCUUUCGGCCAGCUCGUCACCGGUCCCCCUGGCGCGGGCAAAUCCACCUACUGCAACGGUCUGCAUCAAUUCCUCUCAGCCCUCGGCCGCCCAGUCCACAUUAUCAACCUCGACCCCGCCAUAUCCUCCCCCCCCUACCCCUGCUCCAUAAACAUCCAAGACCUCAUCACCCUCGACUCUGUCAUGUCUGAAUUCUCCCUCGGCCCCAACGGCGCCAUGCUCUACUGCAUAGAAUACCUUGAAGCGAACUUCGACUGGCUGGUGGAGAGGCUGGAUGAGGUGCUAGGGGAGGAGGGAGGGAAUGGGUAUGUGGUGUUUGAUACGCCGGGUCAGGCAGAGCUGUGGACGAAUCACGAUAGUUUGAAGAAUGUGGUAGACAAGUUGGUCAAGAUGGAUUAUAGAUUGGCGGCGGUACAUCUCAGCGACUCGCAUUAUAUCACCGACGCUUCCAAAUUCAUCUCUGUCACCCUCCUGGCUUUGCGGGCGAUGCUGCAGAUGGAAAUGCCCCAUCUCAACGUGCUGAGUAAGAUCGACCUACUAUCGACAUACGGCCAACUUCCGUUCGACCUGAGUUAUUACACCGAGGUGCAAGAUUUGUCAUACCUACUAGGAAGUCUAGACUCGGAUCCUCGGACAGCAAAGUACAGCAAGCUGAAUAAAGCUAUGGUCGAGCUCGUCGAAGGCUUUUCGCUAGUCGGCUUCCAGACAUUAGCCGUCGAAGAUAAAGAAUCCAUGCUCAAUAUUGUCCGCACCAUCGACAAGAUGACAGGCUACAUCUUCAUCCCCUCCGGCGACCUCGACGGCACCUCCGCCGCCAACACCCAAGCCCUCUUUGGCAGCGCCAUGUCUUCCGCCAAGAUCCUCGGCCGCGCGGGCGGUGAUGUCAGAGACGUGCAGGAGAGGUGGGGGGAGAAUAAGGAAGAGUAUGAUGAUUGGGAGAGGGAGCAGUGGGCGAAGGAGUUUCAGAUGCGGAAGCAGGGCGAGCAGGCGGCUGGGGCGGGGCGGCAGGCGGGGGAAGCUUGA